AGGACCGAAAUAUGCUCUCCUAAAGCUGUACACGAGUUUCUGAUUACAAAGCGUGUUGAAGACCGCACUGAACAAAAAAAAAAAAGAAAGGGGAGAAGAAAAAAAGACACAACUGCAACAGCUACAAUCCGCGCAGGUGGUACACGCUGUUGGCCAGUGAACAACCAGAUCACAUCAACACUCACCACCCAGACCUUUUCUCCUCACCUGAGUCUGACCAGGACGAUUAAGAUGUCUCUGGAGAGCUAUUCAGCGCUGGAUGAGUCCUCUCUGCGAGCCCUGCUGGAUGGAACCGUGGAUCUGGACGAGAGACGCCUCAUCCGUUCAGCCAUUCGGGAGUUAAGGAGGAGGGAGAUUGAGGACAUGGAGGCCGCUUUGGCCAGCAAGAGAUUUCGACCUACACGACUCAAACAGCAGGAGGAUAAGGAGAACCAGCACAGCGACACCUUGGAUGUCUUAUCAGGCAAACUGCAAUCGAUCCAAGACAUUGAUGAGCUCACAACAAUGCUCCGUACUGCCAGCGAGUACGAGGAGAGGAAAAUGAUCCGAGCAGCCAUCCGACAGAUCAGGGAUGAACAGCUGCAAGGGGCUGUGGAGAGAGGUAAAAUUCCCGGACGCUGCAUAGAGCCAGAGAACGUUGAGCUCCAGAGCAACAUGGGAACUGGGGAGAAAGAGCGGGAGAGUCGCGGUGAGCAAGAGCAUACCAGAUCUCCGAUCCGGGAGUUACGUGGCCAGCAGACACAACAAAGCAGAGAGCUGCAGAGUAUAGGUUCCAACUCAGGCAUGGUGUUGGUUCUGGACCACCUGGCGAAGGAUGAUGACUCUGGACCUCUGCUCAUUCAGCCUCAGAGAGAAGCUGUGACAGCAGAGCCUGACCUGGUCUUGUCACACCGUCAAAGGUCAGACUCCACAGCGUCAGACCGCAGUGGGACCUCAGUGCAUUCCAGGUACAAUCUGGAUUCUGUGGCCCCAGAGAAGAGUCUGGGCUCGGCCUACAGAGCCCGGCUGGACUCUGGAGCCUCAGACAGGAGCCAGGGUUCCUCCCAUCGCGGCCGGCUAGACUCUGGGGCAUCAGAGCGCAGCAUCAGCUCCCAGUCCUACGUCAGGCAGAGACUGGGCUCAGAUGUCUCAGAUUCUGGUGUCAGACUCCGUUUGGGCUCUGGGGCUUCAGACAGUGUUGGGCUGUUGUCAAGAAAACGAACAGACUCGGGGACAUCCGACCAAAGUGUGAGUAUGUCCUCUGAAGAGAGGGGUCCAGCGGAGGAAGUGGAGGCAGUCACGAGUGGCUCAGCUUACAGCACAGAUUCAGAAAGCGAUAGCAGAAAACAGGGUCCAACCGACCUCAAGGCUCAGUCCAGCAAGGACUGCAGCACCAACCAGGAUCAGCAGGAUGGGACUGUCUUAUCUCGCAAAGAUCCUGAAAAGAUCUUGCUCAAUGGCACUGCCAAGGGGAAAACCGACUUUCUGAAACAAAAGAUAACAGUUAACAGCGAUCUGCCCGUCCCUCAUGGCAAGGCAAAGGAUUCUGCACCUGAGAAGAAAGAUGUUAAAGUGGAACAAUUCAACCGUACCAACUCUGUACGGGAUCGGAUGCGCAAGUUCACAGAGCCCAGUCAGAGCCUAAAUGUCCCAGCUUUGAAGAAAACUCCCCAGAGGAACGGGGCCGCCUCCAGCAGCGGCGGCCAGACGCGUCUCUCCAGAGCUACUGAGCUGUUUACACAAACAGCAGCAUCACUCAGCACAUCUGGAGACAGGCCAGCAAGGCCACGUGUGGACUUCACAUCUCACACCUCUGGAAGUGCAUCCCAGAGUCAGGCCACACCUCAGCCAAGGGGUGUGGCUAACAAACCUCUGUCUUCAGUUAGCCAAUCCCAGAACUCCAUGGGCGGUACAAGGCAUCCAGCUGAAAAGGAUGUGCACGCCUCCAGUAACUCAAAGGAAGACAGGACCCCAGGGAGAGCAGCUGGACAGCAGGUCACCCAGGGAGAGGAAGACCCUGACAUGAAGACUUUCCUUACCAUCGAGAUAAAGGAUGGGCGCACCACCACAUCCUCCCCCAGGACCAACAUUGUACCCAUCACCACCAUGACACCACGCAUCACAACUAACACUCUGGGGCAGAGAGCAGAGCUGACCCUCGGCCUCAGAGCGACACCAUUUAAGAUCUCCACAUCUAGCCUCUCCUCCGGAUCCUCCAUCAAGAUGGAGACAGAGCCAGUUGUGGCAUGUGAGCCGGUGUUUUCAGCUGGGCCGUCUGUCCAGGUGGCGUGUCACGUCCCAGCCAUCCCCAACGGUUCCACCACCCAGGCCAAACCGGAGGAGCACUCUGGAAAACUGACAGCUGAACAGCUGGCUGCCAUCGAGGAUGAAGAGCUCCUUGACAAAAUGCUUGAUGAGUCAAAAGACUUUGAAGAGAGGAAGAUGAUCCGUGCAGCCAUGAGAGACCUACGCAAGAAAAAGAGAGACCAAAGAGAAAAGGAGCGCGACACCCGUCUGCAGGAGCUUCGGCAACAGAGAGAAGAGCGUGCACAGAAAGGUCGUCCAGGGGCCGGGGCGGGAGAGGUGGUGAUGAGGAAGGUGGAAAAGGCGGCAGAUGGCUCCACCCUCAGCCAAGUCACCAAGACAAACCGCUUUGCACAGUCUGAUGAUGGGAGCAGAUCAACACGCAGCACUGUUGUCGAGUCCAGUUAUGUGCAGAAAACAGACAGAGGGACAGUCCAGUCAAAAUCAUACAGCUUCAGCUCUUCCACUUCUUCCUCCUCCUCCUCCUCCAACACAAACAAAAAAGUGGGCAGUGUGUUUGAUCGUGAGGACGAUACGUCGUCUCGCAGCGGUGGCUUGGCUGCUGUUGAGCGGAAGCAGGCGGAGAGGCGCAAGGAGUUGAUGAGGGCUCAGACUUUGCCGAAGACCUCUGCCAUGCAGGCCCGCAAAGCCAUGAUAGAGAAGCUGGAGAAGGAGGGAGGCGGCCCUGGAAACCAAGCGGUCGCCAAGGUAAACAAGGUUCAGCGUUCCACCAGCUUUGGCGUACCCAACGCAAACUCUAUCAAGCAGAUGCUGCUCGACUGGUGUCGUGCCAAGACGCGCUCAUAUGAGCAUGUGGAUAUUCAGAAUUUUUCAUCCAGUUGGAGCAAUGGAAUGGCAUUUUGUGCGCUGGUGCAUAAUUUCUUCCCUGAAUCCUUCGACUACGACUCCCUGAGCCCCAGCAACCGCAGGCAAAACUUUGAGGUGGCCUUCAGCACUGCGGAGACCUACGCCAACUGCAUGCCUUUGCUGGAAGUGGAAGACAUGAUGAUCAUGGGUAAUAGACCCGACUCCAAAUGUGUCUUCACCUACGUACAGUCUCUGGUCAACCACCUGCGCAGAUACGAGAUGUCCAUGGGUCGGCCCUGUGACCUUCUGACCUGUGCUCAGUGAGUGUUCGGCCUCAACGUGGCUUUCAGCACGGGGUUGUAACCAGGCAGCCCCCACACCCCACCCCUCCCCUAAACCAGCCCUCCCCGACUACAUCUUCACCUGAUGACUGACUCUUCGGUGAACGGCUGGGUCACAGAGUUGCACAUCUCCAAUGGACAAGCUGGGGAUGUGUGUGUUUGUGUGUCAGUUUGCUUAUUAUCUUUGUUGGCAGUGGUGAUGUUAAUUCAUUUUUUUCGCACAUUUUCCAGCAAGAGGGCACCAAAGUUUUUAUAAAAAUACCUUUUAAAGCUUUAAAGUUUUAGUACAUCAGGUUGUUUUUUUUGCACUCAAACUUCUCUUUGUACUCUAGUAUUCAACAUGCAGUAACUGUGUCACCAUGCAAGUGUGCUGAGAGACACCUCAAGAGAUAAGAGAAAUAUUAUUUAUAGUAUUCCCCUUUUUAAAUUAUUUAUAUCUACAUUUUCUCUGCUCCAUUUUUGUAACUUUAAUAAUUUCUAAGCAUUGCUAUUGGUGAUUCCAAUGAAGAAGAAAAAUAUAUCCAACCAUAUGAUGCAUUACUUGGUUUCCACUUUGGUACUUUUUCAUUUUUUACCAAACUCUGGUUGCUUUAAAUAUUUUGAUUAAGUUAUUAUUCUCAUGUUGAUGUCAUCAAUUAACAUUUUACUAUUUAAUACAUGAGCACUGGGAUGUUUUUGUUUUUGUUCAUUUUUCAAAUGGAUGCAACCUUCUCGUCGCAGUCCAGUGCUGAAUACGCUCACCUGUCUGAACUCUAUUGAGCUACUGAGAUGUUUCAGAUGUUUUUUUUUUAAAUUUCCCUCCUCCUGUAUUAUUGUGUCAUGAUGCAAUUCUGAUGACAAAAAGCUUGCAUAAACACGUUUUUCAUUCAGGUAGAAAAAAAAAACAGGAGUUGUGAUUACAGUCACUGAGUCUUUCAGCAGAUGAACAAAAAAAUGCACAGCAAUGCCGCCAUCACUGCCUCGCCCUGCCAAACACACUCACACACAGCUGUUUUAUUUACGCUUGAGUAGAUUCUUUUGGUAAUAUAUCAGUUUUUAAAAAAAAAUGUUGUUAGUGUGUAAAUUACGCUUUUAAAGUUUUGUUUAAAGUAAGUCAAUAAGCUGAGACUACCGCAGUGUUUUGUGAAACAAAUUAUCACUUUUGGGUCAUGUUUCUAGGCCUGAUGAAAGCCGGCUUUCAGCUCCAUCAGUUACAAGUUUAAAAAUGAGCAAUUGUGACUGAGCAUAACUGCCAAUGUAUAUUUUACAAUAUGACGCAAAGGAACAUUUUUCAAUGAAGAUUUUUAUUUUCAUUUGUACAAUUAAAGUUCCUUUGAAGAAGAUGUGUAAAAUUUGAUUGAUUUAAGUUCUUUGUGCUAUAUUUUGUAGAUUUACAGAAAUUAUUUGAGAUAUUCCACUGCUGCCAAUGGAGAAAAGAAUACCUUUCAUAAAGCAGUGAGUGCUGUACAUAAGAGCUUAAACACGUCAUAAUUUCAUGUUUCUGUGCACCGCAGUUAAAUGUGAAUUAACAAUUAAACCAA